AUGGUCUAUUCAUAUCCUGUAAGUUAUAACAGACAUAUUUAUUUAUCACAGGAUUUAUCAAAUUGGGAAUUGGUUUAUUCAUUCACUCCAAAACUUACUCGAAAUUAUAGAUUUACUAAUUUAUUUUAUAUUGAUGGGUAUUUCAUUGCUUUUGGAUGUGGUGAUUUAGUAAAUAUCAGUAGUGAUGGAAGAAAUUGGUCUGAAAUCACAAAAUUUCAAGAUGUUAGAAAAGCAAUUUUCAAAAAUAAUACGUUAAUAUUGAUAACAAGACCAGUUUUAAAUACUCACCCAGUUUCAAUAUUAUAUAAUAAAUUCAAUAUUCAUAAUGGAUUAAAUACAAUUCGUGAGAUGAUUUACCCCAUUGGUUCAAUAUAUACAUCAAUGAAUUCAACAAAUCCAGCAAGUGUUUUAGGUUUUGGUACGUGGCAACAAAUAACCGAUCGUUUCCUCUACUGUGCUAACUCUUCAAAGCAAACAGGUGGUUCAAAGAAAAUUUUAGAAGCAAACUUACCUGCGCACACUCAUACAGGAACUACAAACUUUUCUAGCGACCAUAUACACUCAUUAAGAGACCACUCAUUAUACAACUCAGACUAUGAAGCCGGUCAUGAUGUUUUAUCUCCAGCUUAUAACGAUUCAACAAAAAAGACUUUUCGACCAACUGAACCAGGAGGAAAUCAUUCACACACUUUCACAACAAAUCCAACAGGCUCGGGUGAAGAUUAUAUGCCACCAUUUAUGACUGUAUUCGCAUGGUUCAGAGCUGCUUAA